AUCAAAAGCUGUACAAAAAUUUACUUACAUAUGUGUGUGAAUUGUAGAUCAAAAGUGGUUAGCAAUAAGAAGCAAUUUGGGCGGCUGGUCCAGCUGAUGCAGGACAAUCAGGACUUGGCGAAAGGAAUUUGCGGCAAGACUCGGGGAAAGCCCAGAUGGGAAGCCAUAGCCGUAGAGCUGAACAGCUUGGGACCACCACUACGUUCAUGGGAAAAGUGGUUAAAGGUUUGGACAGAUUUAAAGAGCAAGACGGAAAAGAAAAUUUCGGAAAACAGGGCAGAAUUUCGUGCAACUGGUGGGGGCCCAAACAGUCUGCACAUUCUCACGCCACUGGAGGAAGGGGUGGCAAGUUUUUUAAGGUACGAUAUUUGUUCGGACCCACCAGGUCAAGAAAUCGGACACAAUGCAAUUGUUCAAUCGGAGGAAAUCCCAGAGGAGCAGGUAGCUUGUGGUAGUGAUUACAUCGCAAUAUCUGGGGAAGAUUGUGAAAUGCGUGAAACCCAGGAGACCGAAAUUUCUGAAGUGCAUCGUACUCCAAGAAGAAGAAAAGUUGCCAAUUCUACUGCAAAUGAUAAGAGAAUUGCAUUACUAGAAACGAAGUAAACAACCAAGCGAAGCAUUUUGAGGCAAUGGAAGAAAGUGCAAAUAAUAUAAAAAAGAGCCUGAAGUACAUAGAAAGUUCUGUAAGGAAGUCAUACAACCUUCAAAAAGAAAAUCUGGCUAUAGCGAAAGAGAAACUAGAAUUAAAAAAACAAAAACUAAUGCUUCUUAAAGAAGAGGUUGCAAAUAAAACAGACAUAGAACUGAGAAACUCAAACUAAAAGUUCAACUAUUGCAGCUGCAAAAAGAAUACGUUUCCUCGUUAAUUUUGUAAGUAUACAUUUAAGACUUAAAGGCAAACUUUGUGAUUUUAAAUUUAACUGAAACGGUAACAUACAGUCCUUUGCAAA